CUCCGAAUCUUGGCGUUCGUCGAACGAACAAAUCGAAUGGAAAAGUUCAUGAUAAACGACAAUAUAUUCCUCUCUUGGUGCACAGAAUGAUCGGAGCGAGAUACAAAGAGGCACAAAGCAAAGCAAAAAGUAAGAUACAGAAUACAAGCAUCGCACACUACCACAACAUUCCCGCUUCGGUCCUUAACCUGAUUUGCUGGUAGGCCGCAAAUUUCGGUCUAAAAUUAUACAAUGGAAUCAGGCUCUGCAAAAACAUCAGACCAAGAGCAGAAGCUGUCUUUGUUGCCUGGUAGAAAUCAGACUGAUGUCACUGCGAGCACCAGCGAACACGAGGCGGGUGUGUUGAAUAAAAAUGAUAUCAUCAAGAACGCCGACGACAACAACAACAACGAAGAAGAAGAAUUGCCCAAUGAUGUUUCGAGAAUAGACCAACUUUCUUCGUUGCCUCUCGUUUGUCUAAACCAGAACUCAAAGACAAAGAAAGAACGACCAUUGAGGCAUGUCGACGAAAAUGGGAAUGUUUCGACCUAUGCGUUGAAUCCUAUGAUUUAUUCUGUCAUUUUUAUUUUGCUGGUCGAAUUGCUCGAACGAUUCAGUUUUUAUGGCGUGAACUAUACCAUGACAUCUUUCCUGACUGGUGCCUAUGACGAUCGUAAAAAGCACUUUCUUGAAUCAGAUCGCUGGAAUGCUGACAUGUCCGCAGUCCAAGCUUCCUCGAUGGUGUCAAUUUCAACGGCUGUGGCUUACUCGGCCCCCUUUGCUGGGGCUGUCCUCGCAGAUUGUUUCCUGGGUGACUAUAAAGCAAUGCUGGUUGGAUCUCUCUGUUUUUACAUCCCGGGGUUGCUCUUGAUAAUGGGCUCAACUAUUCCGCAUCUAUGGGGACUCGAGACGUUCAGUCAUAAGGCACUGUGCACAGGUUUGCUGGUGUUGUGGCCAGUUGGAACCGGCAUUGUGAAAAGUAUUGUAAACGUUUUUGGGGCAAAACAAUUCCAUCCAUUGCUGCAAUCCUCUCUGAUCGAAUCAUACUAUGUGAAGUUCUAUAUGUGCAUCAACAUUGGUGCAUUGAUUGGGGGAAUCAUUGUUCCAUUAGUGGCACAAUCAGAUGUUACACUUGCUUAUACAUUCCCUGUUGCCAUGUUAUUGAUAGGAAUCGUUCUGUUUCUUUCUGGAACAUCACGGUAUGUUCGGCAUCCUCCAAAGGGCGAUAUGUUCAAGGGAGUCAACAUUAAGUGGUGGAGAAGUUCAAGGAGCAAGAAGACUGGAACACAGAAGAAGACUUUGAGUGUUACAUCGUCGAUUGACUCUGCCACAUCUACCAGUAGCGUCGAUACCGUCGACUCAGUUCCACCAGCUCCUUCGAGUUCGAAGUCGAGUUCGAAGAAUGGUAGUCCUAGUGCAUCAGGCUUAGGGACUAUUUUCAAAAUCAGCGCAUUGAUCAUUCCAUUCAAUAUUGCGUAUUCACAGAUGGCCACGACCUUUAUCAUUCAAGGAACAGUUAUGAAACGUGCUUUUGGCUGGAUCGAUGCCGCUUCCAUGAACAACGCCGAUGCUGUAUCCGUUUUGGUCUUUGGGCAUUUGGUCGGAACGCAUUUAUAUCCGUACCUCAAUCGGCACGAUAUCAAAAUAUCGACGACGAACAAAUUUGCCCUGGGCUCUUUACUGGGUGCUCUAGCAAUAGCAUGGGCACUGUUCCUUGAACACAAGAUUUAUUCCACUUACGAAUUGACUGGGAACAAGGUCAGCAUACUGUGGCAAUCGAUAUCGUAUGUCUUGAUUGGUGCGGGAGAAAUAUUUGCAGUUUCAGCCGCAUACGAGGUGGCAUUUACGGCGAGCCCUCCGGAACAAAAAGUACUGGCGAGUGCGCUAAAUCUAUUUUGCGUCGGAGGCAUACCAAACCUGCUCUGUCUUGUGCUCUACAAUCUUUUUCAGGGAUGGUUCGUACCUUCAACUGGAAACCAUAGCAUUUCAAGCCUGGAGGACUAUGUGUCAGCAGAAGUAUACAAGUACUUCAUGGUUUUGUUUGGAAUUGCGUGCUGUGGUGUUUUGAUCAAUACCUUUCCUUCCGUACACAGAUACGUUCGAUCCGUCGAAGAAAGCGCGGCAGGUGCAAUCAAAACUCCAAUUCUACGAAAGACACCAUUGGCUCGACGUCGGUUACAAAGGAAAUACAACAGUGGCAGUGGCAGUGGCAGUGGCAAGAAGUCAAGAUAUGGACGGCAAGCGAGUGACGAUUAUUCGGUGUCGUCAACAGCAACAGAUGAAACCGACGAAGAAGCCUUGUCACUAGAAGCGUCUCCUCUGUUGCGCAUGGAACGCCACAAAGCCUAUCUCAAAUACGGAAGUGGUCCCCAGCUGUACAAGAGUGGCUCGAUGCGAGCUGGUCCAUCUCUGUCGAGCAGGGAAGGCGAUGACGUUCCAAAGAAAAAAUCCGUCUUGAACAAACAACAGGUAGAUCGAUUGUAUCGAAGUACAAGCACGAGAAAUGGAAAGAGCAAAGCGAAGAAAUCCUCCAAUCUUAUUAUGACUCCAGAAGGAAAACCGCUCCGAGCCGGCAGUUUUAAGGGAAGGGACAGAAAUUUCCACUCCGAGAGACACGGGAACAUGUAACACUCAUCUAUCCAAUCUAUUAUCAAUAUAUUGAAACGGGUAGUCCAAUACGCACUCCCGAUAAGCUAUGAUGUAAAUCAACUGGGUUUUGGAAAUUUUAAGCCAAUAAUGGAUUGUGCCGAUUUUGUUCCUGUAUCCUGAAUUCCGAUUUUGAAUGUUACGAUAGUACGUAUUCGAGUGAAGAGGGACCGAGGGCAUCUCUAUUUUGCUGAAACAUUCUAAAAUAAAUUGAAACUAGAAAA